ACACCUGAUCCGGAGCGGCGGACUACUUUUCCCGGCGUGCCCGGCCAGCCGGCCGGCCGGCGCCUGGAAGAGGCGGGGCAGAGCGAGGCAGAGCAGCGUCGCGGGGAUGGCGGAGCUGCGAGUGUUUCCCUUGGCCUGCGCCGUGCAGAACUACUCUUGGGGCAAACUGGGCCAGGACAGUGAAGUGGCCAGCCUCCUGGCAAGCAGUGAUCCAAUGAUCCACAUCGAAGCGGGCAAGCCCUAUGCGGAGCUCUGGAUGGGCACUCACCCCAAAGGAGACGCCAUGAUUCUAGAUAACCGCAUCCCCCAGAAGACCUUGCGGCAAUGGAUCGCGGACAACCCCGACAGCCUGGGCACCAAGGUCAAGGAGGCCUUCCAAGGCCAGCUGCCCUUCUUGUUCAAAGUGCUGUCUGUUAACUCAGCCUUGUCCAUCCAGGCUCACCCCACCAAGGAGCUGGCAGAGAAGCUUCAUGCCCAGUAUCCAGAGCACUACCCAGAUGCCAACCACAAGCCGGAGAUGGCCAUCGCCCUGACGCCCUUCGAGGGCAUGUGUGGCUUCCGGCCUGUUGAGGAGAUUGUGUCUUUUCUCCAGAACGUUCCUGAAUUCCGGGCCCUGAUCGGGAAUGUGGCGGCGGAGCAGCUGGAACGCUGCGUGGGCGAAGACCCCCGGGGUGUCUCUGCCGCACUGCGCAUCUGCUUCACCCGGAUGAUGAAGAGCGAGAAGAAGGUCUUUGUGGACCAGCUUAACAUGCUGGUGAAGCGGAUUUCUCAGGAAGCAGAUGCAGGGAAAGAUACUUCGGCCAGCUGUGGGGAGCUCCUCCUCCGCCUCCACUCCCAGUACCCCGGAGACAUCGGCUGCUUUGCCAUCUACUUCUUGAACCUGAUGAAGCUGCAGCCCGGGGAGUGCAUGUUCCUGGGUGCCAAUGAACCCCACGCCUACAUCUACGGAGAUUGCAUUGAGUGCAUGGCCUGCUCUGACAACACGGUGCGUGCUGGCCUGACGCCCAAGUUCAUUGACGUCCUCACGCUGUGCGAAAUGCUCAACUACACGCCGGCCCCUGGCAGCUCCAAGCUCUUGAGCCCCGUCCAGAGCCGUCUGGACCCUUGUGUCUACCUCUACGACCCGCCAGUCCCAGACUUCUCUGUCAUGAGGAUAGAGAUUCCUUCCUCCAUCAAGCUGUACCUCAUUUCAGCCAUCGACUCAGCCAGCAUCCUGUUGGUGGUACAAGGAACUGCAGUCGGGACCUCCACUGCGGCCGCUUCAGAAAUGGCUGUCCGCCGCGGCUCUGUGCUCUUCAUCUCCGCCAACGAGAGCGUCUCCUUGCACCUGUCUGCACCUGAUGGGAUGCUGCUCUUCCGAGCCUGCUGUCUCGUAUAAUGUGGGGUGCUUGGCUCUUUCUUCUCUUGCUGAGACUCCAGUAGAAACGGCUGUGUGUCCUCUGCACAGCCAGUUACUCCCCUGACCCAUCAAACCACUGUGUCAAAAGCCCAAAGCAUUGGCGCUCACCCCUGUAUGGUGGGUCCUCGUUUCCCACACAGCUUGACUCUAUCCAGGGAGAACCCUCCUGCUCCUGUAACGGUUGCUGUAAAACAUGGGGCUGGGAAUUCUCCAGUAGACCUCGUCGUUUUUUUAAAAAAACUGCCAUCUCCACCUUGUGCUAGACCGCUCUGCUUUUGAGGGGUAGCGGUCUGCACACCCUGAACUUUAAAAAUGCUGUAAAACUUAUGAAACCAGCAGUCAAUGGUGUGCCUCUCUCACCCCCCCCCACCACCACCACCCUGGGAAGAGGGUGGAAAUUUGGAAGAAGGGCUUGGUGAUGAUUUGAGCUUCCCAGCCACUGGAAUUCCCUCUUAGCCAGGACAUUCUGCCUCCUGCCCUUUCCCUGGGGGGCAGGCAAAAGCUUUUCUCCACCUCGCCCCAGUUGCUGCCAAUGGAGAGUGGUUGGCUAUCAUUGCUUCUAAUCCCUGGCUGACAAAGUUUGCUCAGGCUGUAGUGGACAGCAUGUUCUGGUGUGAAAGUGCUUCCUCCUUGAGGGCCACCUGCCGGUGAUUGCUUAAUCUAGGAGCGGUUCUGUCUGCCCACAGCAGGGCCAUGUGAGUUGGGAGUCCAGCAACUCCUGGGGAACCAUGGGCUCCCCCCAGCCAACAGUCCUGAUGUCGGGAUGGGAGGACAAGCCAGUAGUACGUUUUUGGUACCGGUGGCUUUUCAGGUGCAUUGUCACUGGACUUCCAUCCUGGGCCAGGUGGCAGAAACAAGAAGUCCUCUAAUGCUACAGCCUGGGGGGCAGGGCCUUCGCUUUGGGUGCUUUUCACCAUCUCCUUUCCCCCCAGUAGCAUUUUCCCAGCACCAUGUAGGAAGCUCUGAGUGGUUCUAUCCCCUGGCUCCAUGUGGGUGUCACAACCAUAGCCUGUUGUGAUAAGAGCAAACCUGACCCUGGUCCAGCUCCAAGUGCAGUAUGUGUCUUCACUUUUCCUUGUUUGAAACAAGCACACCAUGGGAUUGAUGGAGCUGGUUUGUUCCAAACAAAGCACAGUGAAGACAAAGCAGUCUAGGGCUGAGAUGAUUAAUUAAAACUGGCACCCCAAUUUUCCUAUUAUUCCUCUCCCUCAAAUUGGUUGGGGUGAGAGAGGCUGUGUGGGGUAGAGGCUCCUUUCUAUCCAAACGUAGCCAGUACCUGCUUUCCCUGCAGUAGUUUGGAACCUGUUCCCAAGCAACCAGGAGAAAAGGGUCCCCCGGCCCAACUAGUGUGCUAAGUUUGGAGGCAGGCUCAUCUUUUUGUGGCAUGCAGGGGCUGUGGUUACAAGAUGAUCAAAUUGUCAGCUCAUGUUUGGCUUUUGCACCAACAGGAAGAGAGUGGCUCUUCCCUAAAAAAAAACAUCAGAUUACCACAUCUUCACUGUAUGGUGAAGCUACUUACCUGGCAUUUCAAAGUAAAGUACAUGUACCAAUAGCUAAAGCGAGUGUUAUAAUCACUCUGCGCUACCCCUUGCUUCCACCUCUUGCAGAAAAAUUCAUUGAACGAUAUAAAAAAAAUUCCUUCCAGUAGCACCUUAGAGACCAGCCAAGUUUGUUGUUGGUAUGAGCUUUCGUGUGCAUGCACACUUCUUCAGAUACCUUGCAUGCACACGAAAGCUCCUACCAACAACAAACCUAGCUGGUAAGGUGCUACUGGAAGGAAUUUGUUUUGUUUUGUUUUGACUACGGCAGACCAACACGGCUACCUGUAACGAGAAUCAUUGAAUGAUGGUACCCUGAACUCUUGGGUAAGUCAGUGCUAUAAGUUCAAGCGUUGCUAAGGGACAGGCGCUGCCUUGGGGCAGGGCAGGGCGGUGGCCUUUCAGUUGUCACUGGCUUACAGCUCCCAUCAUCCAGAACCAUUGGCCAUUCUGGCUGAUGGGCGUUGGGGUCCUGCAAGAUCUAGGGGGUCAAAGGUUCCUCACCCAAAGUUCAGUUCUGUGGCUUGGGGAGCAGGAAGCCCAGCCACUCCACCUUCAACUCACUUUGAAGUUGGAGUGUUGUAAGUUGUUGCUUACGGAGGGAGGGAAAGUCCACUUGCGCUUCCAUUCGACAACUCUGGUUUGAUUUGCAUGCUCACUCAUUUGGGGCUCAGUAUAUUUCAGCAAAGAGAACUGCCCCAGUUUCUCUUUAGCUUCCCGCCAAAUAGGAGUGUGUCCUUACCCUAGCGGAGUGCCAAGCAGGAGCGACUAUUGUCUCCUGCAGAAUGAUUCGAGAGAGAAAAGUGCAGGGGGGAAAUACAGAACCUUCAGAGACUGAAAUAACAGCUAUAAGUGAAAAGAAAUAGGAUGUAGGGGGACUGGCAGAAUACAUGCGUUGUCUUAAGGGAUUGUGUAUCAGAAUUUGAAUCUUGAGGUCAUCCAUCAGAUGGAUUUUGACUCCAGACUCUCGCGCUGCAAAUUGUAGAGCUGUGGUUUCAGCAUUUGACAUUUUGAUAGCUGCAGUCAACCACUUCUUACCAUUUGUGUUAAGAGAUGUGUGGACCCAGUUCUACACUUUAUACAAACUAUUUUGUUCCUAAAUUAACUGGAGGUUUGAGAUGUAUGUACAGAGUGUGCGCAAGUAAAGACCCCUGGAAGAGCCAGUAUUCCUACUACCAUUGUACUGUAUUCCGUAUUUCACAGCUAUAGUUAUGGCUAAUAAUCCCCAAAGAAUGAAACAGGGAGAUGAAAUUCAGAUGGGUUCAGAAACAAAAAAUCUUCCCACCAGUGUAAAGCAUCAGUUGUUUAAGAGUCAAAUGCAACGAGUUAAAGUUGACUAAAUAAAGAAGGUGCUGUAGAGGACAGGCCCUGAGAAUAA